AAAAAUGCAUCCUCAUAACCGUGGUUAUGACCCGAACAACCCGUUUGCAUUCCAAGAAAAUAAUCCUAGCCCACCACCCAAUCGUCCAAUGCCUCGUCCAUUUUUCAUACACUCCCCUAUGCCCCUUGAAGCGAGUUAUGCAUCGUAUCUCGGGAAUCGUGUGUUUACUAACUUCCCACACACCGACGAUUCGAUACCUACCCCGUUUACACAAACGCCCAUCAACCUUUCACCAACCUCCAUCGACCUUUCACAAACCGAAACCGUCCCCAAAACUCAACCACCCAACGAUGGUCCUUCCGCCUCAAUAGUUUCCAAAAAGAGAAGUCAUAAGAAAAAAACCGAGGCGGAGAAAGCACUUGAAACCGUCAAACGAAAACAACAAAAAUGGGUCGUUAAUGAAGAACUUGCAUUGGCGAGGGCUUGGUGUCAACAAUCUCUACAUCCAACUUUAGGAAAAUCUCAACAUCGAACCCAUUUGUGGGAAGCGGUUAGUAAAGCAUUCCAUGAAGAAAUGUGAAGGGAGGUUUAUCGUGAAAACGAUAGCUUAUCCUCGAAGUGGAGCGAGAUAAGCGGCCAACAUACAAAAUUUAGUGGUUUUUUAAAUAAAGCAAAGCAAAUCCCAAAAAGUGGUGAAACCGAAGCCGACAUUGUGACAAAUGCUUUGGUUACAUUCAAAACAAAUGUGGGGAGCGACUUCCGUUUCAUGCAUUGUUGGGAGAUCUAUAAGUUCCAUCCAAAGAGGGCGAAUAUCCCCAGUGGUAGCGAAUCGAACACGUCUUCCAAAAGGUCAAGGGCCUCGUCCAAAGCUCAAUUUGAUGCACGAGAUCAAGAGUUUGAGGACCUUUUGGAUGAUUCCCCAAACCGGCCUGAAUAUGGAAGAGAUGCCGCAAAAAGGCGCGCUCAAAAAUCAAGAUCGGAUACGGCAACGCCUUCAGCUGGGAGUUCGGGCUCGCGUAGGAGAAUAUACAGCGAUCAAUUGGAUGACAUUGCAUGCAAGUUAGAUACAUUCAACGUAUUCCAACAACAAAUGGCCGAACUUCAAAAGAGCAAAGAUGCUAGAGAUGCCUGAAACAAAAACGGGAUGAUUUGAAAUUUCUAUCUCAGCCCAUUGAUCACCUAGAGGGUGACGAGUUGCAACUAGUUUUGGAGAUGAGAGAAGAUAUAAAGAACAAAUAUAAACGUUAGGAAUUUUUUUAUGUAAUUUUCUUUAUUAAAAAAUAUUAAAAAAUUAAAUUUGUUGUUUUAAAAAAUAUUCAAAUAGCCCAGCGGUUUGGGUCAGCCCAGCGAAGCCCACCAAACCCCCGUCCCAAACCCCCGCCUCACCAUACCGUCUUCAAUGUGGGUCAGCCCAGCGAAGCCCCCCAAACCACGUGCCAACCCAUGCUCCAAACCCUCGCCCCACCAUACCCACGGUCUUAGGUGUAUAUUUUCGUUAUCAUGAUUUAGCACUAUUAUACCAUGCUUUUGUUAAUUU